GAGUACGUCUAUUCGUCUCGGUUUCCCUCCUCGCUGUCUGUCUUUCAGCCUCAUGGUGGCGGUUCCAGGGCUCUUCUAUGCCUCCCACGUAACCUGAACACCCUUUCACUCUUCUUUUCGCCAUUUGGAAUGUUGAUGCCGUGAUAUCUUCUCGCGCUAGGGCACAUGUCGUAUGGGGCGUAUCGUGUAGGCAACGUUCGUGCCUUCUGCGAGAGGACAGAGUUAUAGGCUUAGUCCUUUGUUUCGUUCUUGCCCUUCAUGAGACCGGAGCUCAGGGUCAGCCGACUUUUUGGUCCUCUGCAAUGCGCUCUAUGCCCACUAGCCAUAUCAUAAAGUCAAUUCGCGCCCCCGAGCCGGGACAAGGCAGUGAACUCGGUUGAUGAUACUUACUCAGGAAUUCCGAAUGCCGCUGUUAUUAGGUGAAGACGGCAUUCUAGGUCGGGGUUUCCUUAGUAAGUAGCGCCCUCAUCGGCGUAUGCUACUACGCCACGAACAACUACAGCGAUCCGGACGUUCGUCUUUCUCUCAUGAACGUGUCUAUAUUUCCCUGCAAAGUGGCAUAUCAGACAUACUCAUAUGGGGGGAGAACGAUCUACGCACUUGAUGUCAUGCUUACAUCAGCACUAGUAGGUAUCUCCCGCCCGUGGUGUCGGCGGCGAACCUUGGCCAGGUUUAUAACUUCCGCUCCUGGUCCGCAAUAUGGCUGUCUAUUAUCCCCUGUCAUCUGCCCCAUCUUUUGAAUUUUCUGUAUCUCGUAAUGGCGUCGCUGGGUCGCUUUGUCGAGAUUAUCGAUAUUCGCAACAAUUAUCCAAACAGUAGCAACGCAUUCGACAUCAGAAACGAUAUCGUCAAGGGGCUGUCUCUUCCUGCUGGACAGAAGACCAUACCAACACUGCUUCUCUAUGACGAGCGCGGGCUCAGAAUUUAUGACGAACUCACGACAAAGGCUUCGGAAUACUAUCUUUUUUCUGCCGAGGAAGAAAUCCUGAAGAAAAAGGCCGAUGCUAUUGUCCGCUCUAUACAUUCACCAUCGGGUCAAUUCAGCGAGGAGGUUAUCGUCGAGUUAGGGGCUGGUUCGCUCAGAAAGACAUCCCACAUUCUGCGGGCUUUAUCGCAUCUUGUGCAAUCUCCCAUGUCAGCCCCUCCUAUUACCUAUUACGCGCUGGACUUGGAAAAGCGCGAACUAGACCGAACUCUACAAGACUUGACAGAGUCCGACGUCGGAGUUGAGAUCAAUGGCAAAGUAGCUACCAAAGGACUGUGCGCGACGUACGACGACGGACUUGCUUUCAUUCAAGAAGGUGGUCUUAAGGGCAAGAUGUCUGAACCUACAUUGCGAUACAAGCUGGAGAAGUCGGCUCGUGACGAUUCCCCUGCUUCAAGCGCGUCUUCUCAUACCCGUUCCACUGAUACCGAUGCCACACCGCCUUCAACACCCGGCUCGGAACAAGGUCCAUUACAUUUCCUCUUCCUUGGGUCAUCCCUAGGGAAUUUCGGUCGUGACGAUGGCGUUCAGUUCCUUCGUUCGCUUCCUCUUCAACCUGGUUCCGGCAACACUCUCUUGCUGGGACUGGACCACGCUAACGAACGCUCUAAGAUAGAACACGCAUACAACGAUUCUCAAGGAAUUACUCGCGAAUUCAUCAUGAACGGGUUGAAGAACGCCGCACGGACACUUGGAAAUGAUAGUUUAUACGAUCCGUCGAAGUGGGAAUACGUGAACAAGUACAAUGAAGAGCUUCGCCGUCAUGAAGGUUACUAUAAGUCCAAAUGCUCGCAGAGCAUCGUCGAUCCUGCAAGCAAGACCGAGUUCAUCUUCCAACCUGACGAGCUCGUCAGAGUCGAGUUUUCGCAUAAGUUCUCGGAUGAGGAUGCCUAUAAACUAUUUUCGGACUCCAAUCUACGCCCUGUGCACCGUUGGAUGGACAGCGCAUCUCAGUAUUCUUUGUGGCUACUCGAACGCCCCCAAUUCACUUUCCCCCUACUUUCUGCUCCAAUCAUUUCGGACGGAAAGCUCACCUCGUCACCCUUCGGCAUACCCACCAUUGAAGAGUGGCAGGACAUGUGGGCCGCCUGGGACUUUAUUAACCUCAAGAUGAUACCACAGUCAAUGCUCUACGAGAAACCCAUAGACCUCCGUCAUAUCUGUUUGUUUUAUCAGGGUCAUAUACCCACAUUUUUAGAUAUACAUCUGUCCAGGCUGCUGCAAGAGCCGUACACAGAACCUGAGGAAUACAAGUACAUUUUUGAGCGAGGAAUCGAUCCAAUUGUUGACGACCCUACUAAAUGCCACCCACACUCCGAAGUUCCUCGAAAGAAGGAAGAUUGGCCCUCUCAAGGAGCCAUCCUUGAUUUUCAGGCUAGAGUGCGCGAACGCGUGCUGAAGCUCUACGACAACAUUUCUUCCGGCAAGAUUACUCUCACCCGCAAGAUGGCCCGCGUACUAUUCAUGACUUUGGAGCACGAAGCAUUCCAUGCAGAGACCCUUCUUUAUAUGUUACUCCAACGUGCUGGGACCGGAACCAUUCCGCCCUCGGGGUUCAUUCCACCCUCCUGGUCAAUCCUCGCCGAGACAUGGGACAAUGCACCCGCUCCGAGUCGGCCUGAUUCAUCAGUGACAUUGGGUCCUGCUACGGUAUCCUUAGGUCAUGAUGAUGACGAGGCUAAUGACGAUAGCGCGGAUGUCAAUGGACACGAGUUCGGCUGGGAUAACGAGCGUCCCAAACGCGAUGUCCACGUAGACGAGUUUAGAAUCGACUGGCGCCCCAUUACCAAUGGUCAGUUCUACGAAUUCUACAAGAGCAACAAGGGAAACAGCAAGAUUCAAUUCCCAGCGAGCUGGAUUGAACUUGAUGAUGGCGAGAUCCAAGUCCGAACACUUUACGGUCCCGUUUCCAUGGACGUUGCCCGUCGCUGGCCCAUCAUCACUUCCUACGACAAUCUGUCUGUCUACGCCAGUGUCCAAGGAGGCAGACUGCCUACUGAGCCUGAAUUGCGUUUGUUCUACGACAAGUUUGAUUGUGGCUUCGAGGGUGGUGCGAACUAUGGGUUCAGAAACUGGCAUCCUAUUCCGGCCACGACGGGUGUGAAACAAGACCGUAAGGGCCAUAACGGAGGUGUCUGGGAGUGGACUUCGACCGUCCUUGAGCGUUAUGAAGGCUUCGUCCCGUCUCGUCUAUAUCCUGGUUACUCGACCGAUUUCUUUGAUACUCAUCAUCAGGUCGUGGUAUGUUGUUUAGUCCACUGUUUGCUUGGGUAUAAAUUCUCAAUCGUAUUUCAGAUUGGUGGCUCUUACGCUACCAUUCCUCGUCUUGCCGGACGCCGGACGGUGAGGAACUACUAUCAACAUAAUUAUCCAUACGCUUGGGUCGGUGCCCGGGUUGCGUACGAUGUCAACAAGUAAGCACACCUGCAAAGUCGUUGUAUAUUGGACUGGCAGUUGGACUACACACUAUGUUCGCCAUUCUGUUAUUCUGUUUAUGCUGUAACUUGUACGCCUACACACAUCUUGACUCGAAGGACUUCUUGCAUUUUUGUACAGAAUAGUUUAACCAUGACCUCGUGUACCUGUGCAAAUAGAUUGAUGUCAUACGCAGAGAAGACCCA